AGCUCCUUAUAAUGAAGAAAGGAAAGCAUCAUUUGGUCUGUACUCUUGCAUGAGAAAACAAAAAAAAAGAGCUUAACUAUCAGAAAACACAAAGUUGCCUAGCUAAUAUGGGUCUCAUGCUGCUCAAGAAAGUCAGUCUUCUCUUCCUCAUUAUUUCAGCAUCACUCUUAUCAACUUGUCUUGCAGGCAGAGAUUCCAAGUGGGUCAGUAACAGUAAGUUAGCUGAAGAAGCCGAUGCAAUUAAUGAGGGCAUACCACAGAAACUAUCACACCACGAUGAAGAGGAGAGUAUCCAUGAAAGGCUUCUUAAGGUUAACACCAAAGACUAUGGAAGAUAUGAUCCAACACCAGCCCUUGUUAAGCCUCCUUUCAAACUCAUACCCAACUGAUGCAUGGUUUAGCGAAACAGAUUGGCAGAAUCUGAGUGUUAGUACCUAAAUAAAUGAAGUAAAUGAUAUCCACUACGUAGUAGUAUUAUGUAUGUAUUUUUCUAUAUUAUAUUAUAUGGCAUAUAAAAACAUACGUACUAAGUUUUGAACCUUUAUAAUGUGUUAUACAGCUUCUUUAUCUUUAGAAGAGUGGAUGUGUCAGAUUUAGUUAUAGUGGCAUGUUUAAUACUAAUAGUGAACUAUAUGUACUGGAUUUUAUGAAA